CUUUGUUGAUACUAUGUAGAGAAGAUAAUAAAAUUGUGCUUAAAAACAUGAAAUCUUUAUUCCGUAUGAAGUAAUAAUUAAUUUUCUGGUACAAAUUUUGUUCAAUAAUAUUAUUGUAGAUAGAAGAAAUUAACAAUUACUGAAGAAGUUUUCAGAUUAUAAUAAGAUUUUUAUUAUAAUAAAUAUUGUAAAAAAGUUUGUGAAGUACCUUUUUUAACAAAUAUAAUCCCUUCAGAUAUUUACGGUUAAGACCUGGCGAGAAGAUAUUUGACAGAAUCGAACCAAUAGAAGACAGUAAAGGCAACAGUGGUGUUAAAGGCAGAAUGGUUAUAUCAAACCUGAGAAUCAUUUGGCACUCUUUAGCGUCACCGAGGAUCAAUCUUUCCAUUGGUCUGAACUGUGUACUGUCUACGAGUACGAAGGUGGUGAACUCAGGUUUGAGGGGCACAACACAGGCUCUAUAUGCCCUCGCGAUGUAUAAGAACAACAGAUAUGAGUUCAUCUUCACAAAUCUAUCUCCCAACUGCGUGAGGCAUUAUACCACUGUUGUUGGAGUACAUAAAGCGUACAUGGGCUCAAGAAUGUAUAGAGAUUUGAAGCUAAGAGGAACCCUAAUACACAACAAACAAUUGAAAAUGCUCCCAUUAGAAAAGAUAUGCCUCCAGGAGCACAAUAUAUGGAACCUGUCCAGUGAUUCUGGAAACUUAGGUACGUUACUGGUGACCAAUGUCCGAGUGGUCUGGUAUGCUGAGAUCAAUGAUGCAUUUAAUGUCUCCAUGCCGUACAUCACCAUUGAGAGCAUCAGCGUCCGUGAGUCGAAGUUCGGUGAGGCCUUGGUGUUCGUAGUCCGUCCUUCGUCUGGAGGCUACGUGCUCGGCUUCAGAGCGGACCCUCGUGAACGUCUACGAUCUCUGCUCACGGAACUACAAGCGUUGCACCAGGCCUAUACAGAUAAACCUAUAUUUGGGGUUGAAAUGAAUUGGAGCAAUGAGGUCAGUUAGGCUUGUCAGGUAAUCUUGGAACCAGGACUAGGUAUAAGGAGGUCGAAAUGGAAAAGAAUCCAUAUCAAGAAAAAAUAAGAAGCAAAAUAGGAGCUCGCGGUCGAAUAGUUAUCUCUCAAUUCAGAAAAUCUUCUUUUUUAAGGUUUGAGUUAAAAAUUCUUUAAUAAUAUAUUAAUUUAAAAAAGUAUUAUAUACGAUAAUUUUGAAAAAAUAUCGAGAUAUGUAUACUAUUGUUUUUUAAUCCAAAUAUAAAUUAAAUAAAAUUCAAAAUCUUUCUUUAUUAUAAACAAAAGAUAAUUAUUUUCCUCUAAAACCUAAGAACUUAAUUAGCUCAUGAAAAAAAAUAUUGUUCCAGCAAGCUACAGCUACAAUCGAUGACAUAGCAGACCUUGAAGAAAUAGGAGAACCGCGCGGAGAAAUGGGACCCAACUUGUAUUUGGCAUCACAGCUAGCGCAACAUAGAGAUGAUUCUGAAGUUCAGCCAGUUUACAGCCCAUAUUUAGGUCUAGCCAUAGAACCUUUAAAAGAAGGGUUCACAUUAAAAAGUCUAUUUGAAGUACAAACUACUUCUUAGAAAAACAACAUAUACUUAAUGAUUAUUAAAAUUAAUAAAAUAAUAGCUUUCCAUUUUUUCUUUGGCUAGUACGACACCUAAAAUGGGUCAAACUGAAAGUUAUCACAAAAAUAAAAACUAAGCAUAAUAAUAAGUCAUGUUUUUUUUUUAAUUAUGUCCAUUUUCAUCAAUACAUCGCUGCAUACAAUAGAACCUCUGAAGAAACGCUUCUCCCAGUUCUCCUAAAGGAUCUCUUUUGAAACGCAGCCACUGCUUCUUUGAUUAUCUAUCACUGUUUCCUUUCUUAUUCUCGAAGUUUUAUUUUUAUUCUCGUGAAUAAAUG